CGUAAGGUUUGACCACGCACACAAGAUAAACACGUCUCUUGAUGUAUAUAUAAACACAAAUAUAGAAAAUGAGAGAGAAUCACAAGCACCUUAAAAUAAUUACUCAUUAGCUUUUGGUUUGUAUUCGAUCAACUCAAACUCAUCAUCACAAGCUUAAUGGACGGAACAUCGUGGGCUGACCAAUGGGACAAUAGCGGCGACUCAGCCAAAGGAGGCCGAACGGGGGGAGGGGCAGUCGUCAGAAGCGGCGGAGGUGGAACAAAGUCGAACUCCAACACGGCUAAGUACAAGGAGAAAAUGGGACAAGGUUUCGACAAGACCAAAGCUGUAGCUUCUUCUGGUUUCAAGAAGCUCAAGACUGGUUCUGCUAUUGGUUUUCGCUGGGUCAAGGACAAGUAUCACAAAACCACUCACAAAUAGUAAAGUUUAUCAAACUCCCAUCUAGAGAGUUGCAUGUGUAUUAUUUAUUCACUUUGGCAAAUAUUAUGCCUGUUGUAUAUCUUUUUUUUGUUUUUUU